ACAGGGCGGCCUCUCCAUUGGCCGGGGCAGAAGGGGGAGGGACCCACCGGGAGUCUGAUUCUUUAAACAAACUUUUCAAUAGGACUGCCUGCUUCCCUUUCGCACUGCUGUGUCGGACCCAGACAAAAGGAGCCUGUUAUUUCUACCUGAAGCCAAGGCCCAGAUCCAGCCGCCACCAUGUCGAGCAAGCGCGCCAAGGGAAAGACCACCAAGAAGCGCCCUCAGAGGGCCACCUCCAACGUCUUCGCCAUGUUCGACCAGUCUCAGAUCCAGGAGUUUAAAGAGGCGUUCAACAUGAUCGACCAGAACAGAGACGGUUUCAUCGACAAGGAGGAUCUGCAUGACAUGCUGGCCUCUCUGGGUAAGAACCCCUCUGACGAAUACCUGGAGGGGAUGAUGGCCGAAGCACCAGGGCCCAUCAACUUCACCAUGUUCCUCACCAUGUUUGGAGAGAGGCUCAACGGAACGGACCCCGAAGACGUCAUCCGCAACGCCUUUGCCUGUUUUGAUGAGGAGGGAUCUGGCGUGAUCCAUGAGGACCAUCUGAGAGAGCUGCUGACAACCAUGGGCGAUCGCUUCACAGAUGAAGAGGUGGACGAGCUGUUCCGUGAGGCGCCCAUCGACAAGAAGGGCAACUUCAACUACGCAGAGUUCACCCGCAUCCUCAAACAUGGCGCCAAAGACAAGGAUGACGAGUAGAGGGAGGAGCCGACUGCAUCGGCCCCCCCGCACACAUACUGCACCGCAAAUCAGUCUUGAGUUCCUGCCUUUACAGGUCUUGUAGGUUUGAGAGAAAUUGAAUAGGAAUAGUAUAUAUCAAAGUCUUUUAUAAAAGGGCAGAAAUGGCCACUGUGUUACAUUUAUUUCAAUCUACACGUUUAUUAAAGGUAGGAGCUUGGGAUUCAUUUGGGAUCCACAGAAAUAUUUCGCAAUACACUACUUUUCAACUUUUAUCAUCAUUGAAGGUUACCAUGAAGAGAGGUGUAUUUGCAUCUCAUAGCUACAAGUCUACUGCGGCCUCAGCCACUUGGACUGCAGUUGUUCUGACCUUUUGUAGAUCGUUGCAGGGAACCUGGUUGGACUUUUGUGCAGGGGGCCAUUUUUUGGACUGCCAGAUUCAGUGCUUCAGAGUACCAGCAAUGUUUACCUCUUCCUGCCAAUUAGCCAUCACAUCUGCACAAGCACUGCAACAAGUCUCCUUAUCUGUAAUAUUUGUAUCCCUGAAUGUUGGAAAUGGAUAAGAAGAUUCGAUCAUUCUGAUUGUGUUUAUUAAAAGUAGUGAGUACUUGAUUAAAUGGCUACCAAAGCUUUUGGUCUAAACUCAUAUCUUCCUUCCAUCAGCUGGUUGUGUGUAUUUGUUGAAGGAUCAGGUAUGUCUGUGUUGUUGAAGGAAUUCAGUCUUGAAAUUGCUCAGGCAAAUAAAGUACCUUUUUUCAUGCUGUUGACCGCAAAAAGUGUA